AACCAUUUGUCAACAUACAUGCGCCGUACUGCUGAUAUCACUUUUCUACCGCAUUUCGGCUCCGCAGUUGAACUUCUCCUCAAGGGAACAGAACAAGAAGAGGUUUCUUCCUCUACCCCGGAACAAAUUUCAAGUCACAAGCCAUGCUCCUGUCCUCAUCGCCACUCCUGAUCCUUGGCCUCCUUACAUUCUCAUGGGCUGCUAAAAUCAUUGUGGUCCCACCAACCCUUUUUGAAUCACAUAUGUACAUCUUCAAGACGUUGGCCACCUCUCUACACCAGGAGGGCCACGAGAUCCAUUUCCUCGUCUCAGAGGGUCGUGAGGUACUCCCUUCCCCUCACUAUAAACUACAGCGCUACCCGGGCGUCUUCAACAGCAGCACAGCUGAGAGUUUCCUGCAGUCUAAAGUCGGCAACAUCUUUUCAGGCCGCCUUACAUUUCUGGAGCUUUUUGACAUUCUUGAACACUACAGUCAAAAUUGUGAUGCUAUAGUAGGUAAUACAGAUGUUAUGGCUCGCCUCAAGCAGGCCAAGUUUGACCUGUUGCUGGUGGACCCCAAUGAAAUGUGCGGGUUUGUACUUGCGCAUAUUCUGGGCUUGAAAUAUGCUGUGUUCAGCACAGGUUUGUGGUACCCUACGGAGGUGGGUGCCCCGACCCCGCUCUCGUACGUGCCCGUUUUCAACUCACUGCUGACCGACCGCAUGUCACUGUUCCAAAGGAUCUCCAACACUGCUGUCUACCUCUUGGAGAACUUUGGAGUCCAUUUUAUUCUGAUCCCCAAGUACGACCGUAUCAUGAGAAAACAUGGAAUAAAGCCGCAAGUGGCUAUGACUGAACUGGUGCGAGGAAGCCAGAUGUGGAUGCUGUGCACAGACUUGGCGUUGGAGUUCCCCAGGCCCACCCUACCGCACGUGGUCUACAUCGGAGGCAUCCUCACCAGACCAGCAAACCCCCUGCCACAGGACUUUGAACUAUGGGUUAAUGAUACAGCAGAGAACGGCUUUGUUGUGGUGUCCUUCGGCGCUGGGGUGAAGUAUCUUUCCAAUGACAUUGCGCACAAACUGGCUGGAGCUCUUGCCAGGCUACCCCAGCAAGUCAUCUGGAGAUUUUCUGGUGUCCCACCCAAUAACAUUGGCAACAAUACCAAGCUUGUUGAUUGGAUGCCUCAGAAUGACCUAUUGGGCCACCCCAACAUAAGGGCUUUCUUGAGUCACGGUGGGCUUAACAGUAUCUUUGAGGCCAUGUACCACGGGGUGCCAGUGGUGGGUGUGCCCCUGUUUGGAGACCACUAUGACACAAUGACCCGUGUGACCGCCAAGGGUAUGGGCAUUAUGUUGCACUGGAAAUGCAUGAGCGAAGAUGACCUUUACAAUGCCCUGGUCACCGUCAUAAAUGACACAAGGUACCGACAGCGGGCUACCCUUCUCUCUACUAUCCACAAAGACCAGCCAGACCACCCAGUGGCCAGAGCCGUCUACUGGAUCAACUACACCCUCCGUCACAAUGGCACAGACCACCUGCGCUCAGCUGUAUAUGACAUAUCCCUCUACCAGUACUUCUUGCUGGAUGUCAUUUUCAUCGUAGGGGCAGCCUUGCUUAUUUCUGGCUUUGCUUUGCGACAUUUGGGACAGUUACUGAGAGCAAGGUUUGGUGACAAGAGCCAAGUAGGCAGCGUUUCCAGGGAGGAGGGCAACAUGGUCAAUGGACACUGCCACUCCAUGUCCAACGGUAAACACAAAUGCAAUGGCUCCUUCAAGAACGAGAAGAAGGUGAAUUAAUAUUCUCAAAUGGAUCAGAGGGAUAAGGAGGCAGUUGUUCAAGGGUGUAGCCCUUGGUUUGGGUUAUGUUUUUAUAAAACGUUUGGGGGAAGGUCUGCAUCAAGAGGCAACUGCCACUUGGAAUGAAGCUUAAGAAGGAUACGCAUAUGAUGCGUGUGUUUGUGAGUGUACGUGUAGAAGUGUGUCCACUGACGACAAUUUAAAGUCUAAUAACAGCAACUGCUUCGGCACAUCACCAAAUUGGAACACCAAGGAUGACACACUUCUCUCCAUCACAUCUUCGUGACCAUUUAAGAGUGGAAUGGCCAUGAUGAAGUGACAUCACUAACCACAGCCAAACUCUUAAAAUAUUUGGAAUAUUUAGUUAAUCACUGCAAAGCUUACCAAGCGUGUGCAUCAGCUUGAGGGCACAUCUAUUUAUUACUGUAAAAACGAGUUUUAAUGAUGGAUGUUUUAUCUUCUUUUAAUUUAUUUAAUGGAUUUAUUUCGUGUUGUGAUAGAAUGAUGGUGGAUAUACAGUUGCUCCAAUACCCACAAUGGACAUGAUUACUUUUUCAUUUGCUCCCCACCUCUGCAUUCUGUCUCUGGUUUAAAUUUAAGUCUGUCUGAUCAUUCCCCUGUAUGUCAGGUUCAAUGGACCAUUGUCACAUUAUGCAAGUCCAUUUCUGCUUGACUACUUUUAGGGUGUACGUUUACUUUGGCUUCCUGUAUUCGCCAAAAGAAUACAUUGCAAAAAAAACUAUAAUGGUGAAUGAAUAAUAAAAGUAAAAAUAAUGUUUUAUUAUUAGCUUGGUUAGCCACCUGCCCCUGUCUGCUUUCCUCAGUCAGUGGAGUGCUAAAUGUAUAUCUAUCUAAUGUAUAUAUCUAUCAGAUCUAUCUAUUUUAGAACAGGUUGAAUCACUGGUCAGAUUUCUCAUUUUGGGAGAGAGAGUGUCCUUGCGCCAGUAUCUGAGAAACUAAUUUGAUUUACUAUGAACAAGAUUGCUAACACUCGGAUUGAAUAUUAAUAUUAAUUAAUUAUUAUUAUUAUUAAAGCUGAAAGUAAGAUAUUAAUCUUGCUCUUUCCUUAUUAGUCUUAUUCGGUUGGUGAAUACAGAAGUAAAUCAACACCCUGGAAGUGAUGAAGUGAAGUGGUCUGACAUCACAGUGAAAUGGGUUGAUUUAAGCAACUUUUAUGUUCAAGCCAUGUUAUGUUCAGACUUGAUGUAUUGUUAUAAGCUAAUGUAAUGAAUAGUAGAUAAUACAAUUUCUAUAGUGCCCUUGAAGGGUCCAAUGGACGAAUUAGUCGUAUCCUUCCUGUAACCUGCAUAAUCAAUAUUAAUGAUACCCACUUAAGUAUGUAAUGUGCUUGUGGACUUGAUGUGAGGUGUGAUGGGUAAUUGCACCAGUGUAGGCACAAGGUUUGGAACAAACAAAGCAAAUUAAUGUGUAGCCUUGUAAAACCUGUGUGUUACGAAAACCCCUUCUGCCUUUUUGCCAUUCAUCAUAAGAACUGUAAAGGAGUUUCACAAUAAUUUUAGUACAGUAGCUGUUGUCUCAAACUACUCCAUGGUGUUGUGAAAUUUAUCAGGCAAAGUAAAUAGACUGUUGUCAGUUCUAUAUGCAGAUGCAAAACAGAUAUACAGUAUGACGAGACAUAAGCUUGCCACAUGGACUAGGGCUGGGCAUUAUAAUGAGUUGAUCAUUUAGAAUUCUGUAAUUUGAAUUGAUUGUUCAUUAAUUGUGUGUGGAAUUGAGGCAAAAGGCAAUGCUGGGCUGCUACGAGCUGAGGCGAUGUCUGAAGAAAAACAUGACGUCAGGCUUUGGGAAGCUACUGUACCUCCACACAGACCUCUCUCUAUGGCACAAGCCUUCCGGACAGCAUUAUUUUGCCCCAUGUGACACAGGCACCGAUAUGAGAGUUCAGAGCAUCGAGAGAAAAUCUCCCAUUAAAAGUACCAUAAUUUCUCGUGGAAAUGCGCACCCCCAAAGUUGACCUCAAAAUUCUGGAAAACCCUUCUACCCAUGGAUAAUGCAUUUUUACAAUGCAUGAUUUUGCUUCUACCCAUAUGAUCAAAACAUGAAGUAUUUUUAAAGAAUUAUUCUGAAGUUAAGCACUUUAUUUGAACAUGUAAUACUUUUUUUAUUUACUUCCUCUUAUUUUGAAAUUCACAGCCUUACUUUAAUUUAGUAAAUGAGAAAACACACAGUUGUGCUCAUAUGUUUGAUUACCCAGGCAGAAUUUGUAAGAUGGAUACAAUUAUUUCAAGCAAACAUAAAGGGCUAGGCGAAAGACAUUUAAUUUUAUUUUGAGAUUCAAAUUAAACUGUCAAGCAUUCAGAAAAGCAUUAUCAUUAAACAAAACAUAGCCAUAAAGAAAUGAGUGAUGGUUGUUUUUCAGUCAUAUUAACAAAACAACUAAUAUUUCACAAAUUCUGCCAGGGUAUGUAAACUUAUGAGCACAACUGUACAUACUAUAUAUGCAGUCAUACAUACCCCUGCCAUAUUGGAAUGAAAGUGUAGGCUACACCUUUUUCCCUAACCUCUAGGUGGUGGCAUAUUAGAAUGAAAGUGUACACCUUUCUCAUAACCGCUAGGUGAGGGUGACAUUGGAAUGAAAAUGUACAGCUUUUUCAUAACCUCUAUAUGGUGGCAUACAUUUAUAUAAUGUGAAAGCUUUUUCAUUUUCCCCUAUACCUAUGUAUAAUGCGUACUAUUGGCUGACAAUUUUUUUGCUGGGGAAAAUGCGUUAUAUAAGAGAAAUUAUGGUAUUUGAUGUUUUAACUACAUAUAUUUCCUAUACUGUGCCUGCUGUGAGCUGGCAAUUUGUUUGUCUAAAUAUAAAUUAUGGUACUUUUUUUUGUUUUUUGGAUCAUUGGAAACAAGUCUAAUUCCCAUACCUUGGACUGGCCUCAACCACUACAGUAAAUGGCAGUGUCAACAUGACAUACUACACCUUAACAACACACAGGGAACAUAGUGGGAGUAUCUUCACAGUGACUCAUUGAACAUUUCACAAGCAGUAACUUGUUGACAUGUUAAACUGAAAUAAAUGUUAUCCAACUAGUUUUCAAUUUCAUGAAUUGUUUUCGCAGCGCCUCCAGGGGUUUAUUUUUAAAAUGUUGCACACACACCACGUCCGCAAGAUCCAAAGAGAAUUAUUGGGAAAUGAUCCAAAAGAGAAUAUAGUAUAUGUGUAACUGUUUUAUUUUCACAAAUAGGCACUACAUUUUCAUGUGGUUCCAGGAUUUUAAAUGUGAGGACCUAGUUUCAUAACAGUUUAAAAACAUUGGUUUUCCAUGAAACCAUAAAAAUGCCCUUUUCUAGCAAUGCAUUUUUUGAAGCAAAAUUGCAUUCUCUUAAGAGACUGCAAUACAUUAAUGAACCUUUCAACCUUUGUAUGUUAAAGUUUUCUUGUCUUCCUUUCUCCUGUGAGCUGCAAUGACACCAACCUAUGCCUGCUAUAAAGAUACUUGAAAUAUAAUUUUCAUCAGUAAUACAUUCAGCUGUCAGUUUUGUGGGCCAUCAGGUGCUGCACGAGCUAGGAACGGGGUCUGGCGGGACAUAUCAGCAAAUUUAUGAUGGUGCAUUGUUAUUUUUGCCUUUUAUUUCAGUAUUAAAGUUGUAAUGGACCACCUAGCUCCUUUUUAAAUUCUCAUUUCUGUAGGCUAACAUUUGUUACAUUUUUGUUUUUAAUGAAUGAGAAUUCCACAGUGUUUUCUCUGUAGCCUUUUGUAUCUCUUCCCAACAUUUCAUAUUAUAUUUUGGAUCCUAAACUGUUUGACUGCAAUUUCAAAUUUGUUUCCCAUGUGUUGUAAAUACAACAUUGUAAACAAAAUACUAAUAUUGAAUAAAACUCUUUGCAGAAAUCAUGGUCGAUCACUUCACUUAAUGGAAACAAGCGAGAUAAAAAGCUAAAUACACAUUUCCAAGCUGAAACUGUUUUGGGUCUCAGUUUGAUAGGGGAUGUACAGACCUUUUGAAUUGUUACAAUGCUGCAAGAGGCUUCGGUAGGUAUCAGAUGGUUUAAUCAUCUCAAGUAGUCAGCGGCACACAAGCCAUGAGGAUAGACAGGGUUAUCUAACGCUGAAUACCCAUACUGAGAGAAGCUGGGGUAACAAAACACCCUAGCCUAGUACCCGGCUUCGCUCACUGGGCCCGUUAAUUAUUCACAUGGCCUGUGGGGGCUUGCUGACCUCUUUCGCUCACACUAGCAAGCGUCUGCAGCUAUGUUUAAUUUACACUUUUCAAGCUGUUUUCCUUUGUGGCCACUGCUGGCGCAAACUGGCACAGAUUGUGUUUGCUGAGACACUAGACAGGCGGGGAGGGCCUAAGAUGAGGAUGCAAAACAGCCCAGUGGCAGCUUUGAUAACCUCCUGUGUUCAGGAGGAUGACAUGAGUGUCUCUUAACCUCCUCUCACUCCAUUCUGUAUCCAGGAUGCAGUUGAGAUCAAAGGUUUAACACAGCGGAGUAAUGGAUAGGAUAUCUCGCUUAUCGUCGAGAGGUCCCUGGGUUCAAAUCUUGGCUCAGGGCUUCCUGUGUGGAGUUUGCAGUAGCCAGGUACUCUGGCUUCCUCCCACAGUCCAAAAAGAUAAUUGAACACUCUAAAUUCUACAUAAGUGUGAAUGCGAGGAUAAAUAGUUGUGUAUAUGUGCCCUACAAUUGGGUGGCGACCAGUCCAGGGUGUGCCCCACCUGCCUCUUGGCAAAAUUCAGUUAUUGGCUUCAGCUCACCUGCGACCCAUGACAACAAGUAGGUGCAUGUGCUCAGGAAAUAUCUCAUCAAUAAAGGCCAUCUGCUAUUCUUUACAUUUUUUGUCUUGUACUUUAUGUAAAAGUACCACACGUUUUGUGAACUACUACAUUAGCGUCUAUGUAUGCUGUUUCGGAGGAAUAGUGGUUAGCACGUUUGCUUCCCAAUCAGCGGAUCCAGGUUCAAAUCUUUGAGUUCGUGUUUGUGUCCCACAGGGCCGAUGUGAGUUUUCUCACAGGCAUUUUGAUUCCCUCCCACAUUAAAAAACAAACAAACAAAAAAACAUGCAUAGUUGAAUACUACGGAAGCGUAUUGCAUUCACUUAGAUAAAAAAAAGUCCUGUUUUUCUGAGUAAUAUUUUUGAGGGCUUUGUUUUUGAAUAUUUUAUUUCUUUUUUUCUGACUAAUUAUUUUUCUCAGUUUUUCUGUCUAAUCCCCCCCAGUGUCUAAUCUCCCAGUGUCUUAAUCCCAUAUCAAAAUAAAACUUGAUCAAACUAAAUAACCCGGUCAUGUUGCUUACUACGGAGUCCGCAAAGAGUCACUUGCAGUUCGCAGGUUCUCGCGUGAGUUCGACAUGUCCCAAUAACUCAGAAAAAAUUAGAAAAUAAUAGUCAUACAAAUAUUUAAAAAAACAAAGCCCUCAGAAAAAUGACUCAGAAGAACAGGAGGUUUUUAUUUUUUAUUUUUAUUUUUUAUUUUUUAUUUUUUUAUUUUAUUUUUUUUCCCCCCCAAGUGAAUGCAAUACGCUUCUGUGAAAUACAUUUGGGUGCAUUUGUAUGAAACUGUUUUAAACCAUCCAGUAGUUUACUUUCAAUCCAGUAGAGGGCAGUGUUAUUCCAUAACUAAAAAUGGCUGCUCCCUUUCCACUGAGGUUUUGUGUUUCUACCAACAGCUGAAUGACCUGUUGUACAAAAGCUCUAUAUCUGUGGCGAUCUGAUGCAAAGCUCUCGGAACACUAGCUAUGUGAGACUCAAAUUGAACAUGAGGGAAAAUGGGCCCGCUGAUGUAUUUCUGACCUUUUGUACUUGCCACAUUGUUGAACUCCCAUUAAAGAUCUGCCUAUAUCAAAA